AUGUCCGACUCGCAUUAUCAGUCAUCCUCUCGUCCUCUCGCCCCUGCUCCAGGUCGCCUUCUGAAACGGAAUGCCUCAUCCGACGAGUUGGUGCCUGCGCGAAAGCACAAAACCACCGCUUGCAAGGCGUGUAAACGAAAGAAGUUGAAAUGUCGUGGAGAUCCUCCAUGUCAGCAUUGCGUCAGCCAUGGCAUCAAAUGCGAGGUUGACGCAAUGUCCGAUAUGCGCCGGAAAAACGCCAUGGAUCGCAAGCUGGCAAAGCUGGAGAAAGUAGCCGACACGUUGACUCGACUGGUGAACGCCCUGCGCGACAGUGAGAGUCGCCGCGUUUCCCAACUGUUGAAUCUGAUCCGCAGUAACGCCUCGUUCGACGAACUCCAGCUGUUCCUGGAGCAGCAGUUUUCCCGCUACGAGUUGGAGUCGACGCCUGAAUUACGCGAUAUCCAAAGCCAACUCUCCCAGACGACAGACGUUGCGCCCCUGGGAUGGCGCUACCUACGGGUCGACCGGCUGGCCGACGACCCGGUGUACAAGGUUCCCGCGAAGCCGUGGACGGCGGUGACGGACGACAGCGAGCUGGUGUCGCAUCUGGUCUCGUUGUGGUUAACAUGGACGUAUCCCUGGUUUAACUGGCUGGAUGCCGACUGUUUGAUCAAGCAUAUGCAGGAAGGAAAGCUGGAUUCCCGGUUCUGCUCACCUUUCCUGGUCAAUGCCAUUCUCGCGGAAGCAUGUUAUUACUCCGACUACGAAGAAGUAUUUACCGUUCCCGGCGACAUGCUCACUCGAGGCGACCAAUUCUUCGACGAGGCCCGUCGUCUGUUCGAGGCCGGGGAAGACGAAGGCGACUCUCCCAGCCUGCCCACUAUCCAGGGGCUCAUGAUCCUAUUCGUUCGAACAUCGUUGAUGGGCAAAGAUCGAAUGGGAUGGGUCUAUUUGGAUCUGGCCGCCCGGGGAGCCCAAGAGUAUGCUGCGUCUCAUCCUCCUCACGCGAUGGAAGACGCAGAAGAACGAAGGGCGAUUGACAGGACCCUUUGGGGCAUUUUCAGCAUGGCUUCAACGGCGUCCGUAUCUCUGAUGAAGCAUUUCGAUAUCCACCCUCCGCGGCAGUCCCCCGUUACUCGGAUCAUCCAUCAACGACAUAAAGACGAUGUCUGGCAACCGUACCCGCGCUCGACCGACGCCGGUGUCCCCAGCCAUAUCUCCUGCGUGUUCAACCGGUGGUGCGCGAUCGCCUGCAUCACCGUUGAGAUUUCCCGCGCGUUUUACCAAGAAGAGGACCGGAUCCCUCGAGCCGAGAUGCUCCCUUUCGUCAAUGACAUCUACCAGAAAUUGCAGGACUGGUACGCAGACAUGCCGGAGUGUCUUUUGGUCGAGAACGCCACCGUUCCUCACGCCCUUAGUCUCCACCUCUUCUACCACACGACCGUAAUGCAGAUCUUCGGCCUCCUCAAAGCCAACAAUGAACACCUCGAUCCCGAAACCAUCCAGAGCGCCCGCAACAUCUGCAUCGAGAACGCCCUUCGCAUUGCCCAUCUCAUCGGCAUCCAUCGCGACAAAUGGGGCAUCGGCCGCAUGGCCCCCUCCACCAUCCAGUGGCUCAGCAUCGGCAUGUUCACCCUCCUUGAGGCCCUCGAUUCGCCCGACCAUCGCAACCGCGCCGCCUUCAUCGAGCUGUGCAUCGUCGCGCGGGCCAUUGCACGCCGCUUCCCGCUGGCCAAGGGGAUCCUGCGCAUGAUCCAGCUCUCGGCGAACCAGAUGCAGGUCGUCUUGCCUGCCGAGACGGAUGCCCUGUUUACGGACUUUGAGACGCGCAGCUGGGAGGGUAAGGAUCGGCAUACGUUUAGUACCUUCUACCCGAACUUUGUGACGGCGGUGCGGCAGGGGGCCGCGCGCGAGGGGGAUGUGUCGAUGGAUCGGUUUCUGGAGAAAUGGGAUAGUUUGGCGAUUUCGGACUCUAAGGAGGAGACGCCAACGGAAAAGACCGACGGAAACGAUGGUUCAUGA